AUGGCUGGGCUUGUCAUCUCCAAGGCUGGUGGAGGCUUCUCCAUCACCAAGUCAUGUGCGUCUGGACGUCCCAAGGCUGCUGCAGCUGGACGUCCCAAGGCGACUCCGGCGGCCAGAGCGGCUGAACUGCUUGUGUGCCGCACCCUAGGCAUCGUCAAAGAUGGGCAAGAUGUCACAGCUGCUGCCCUGGACGCUUUUGCCGAGCGCUUCAAGGAGCAGCUGCCGCCAGAUGUGAUCAUUGCCAUGAGAGGGUUGUUCAAGCUUGGCUGCAACAUCGCUACGGGCGUGGAGGAGGCCCUCAUUGCGCAUGGAGGAGAUGGUGCUCUCGACCUGGACGGCGGCACCGCGGCUCAGCUAGCUGAUGCUUGAGCGCUUGUUGUUGCUAUCUACCUGGGGCCAUAGUUUCUUAAUGUUAGCACAAAAACAUGUCAUGUGGUGUGUUUGGCCCGUGUGUGGGGUGCCAAACGAGUUUCGAGCUAGAGUUGUGUUGGCCUUUGGCCAUGUAUCCGUGCUGGGUUAUGUUCCUAUGACCAUUAGAAUGCAAUGUGUUGUUGUGUCCGUUU